AUGACUCCGGGAUAUUUUGAAAACCCAAAAGCCAAUGCAGAGAGCUUUGAUGCAGACGGCUGGUACAAGACGGGUGAUAUCGGAUACUGCAGCGCAGAGGGCAAGAAGUGGUAUAUUGUCGAUCGCAAGAAGGAGCUUAUCAAGGUCCGUGGAUUCCAGGUCGCGCCUCCAGAGAUUGAGGCUGUGCUCCUCGCCCACCCGGAAAUUGUUGAUGCCGCUGUAAUUGGUAUUCCCGUGGACGGCGCAGAUGGAGAACAACCGCGCGCCUAUGUGGUUCGCCGGCCUGGUGACAAAGGUCAAGCCUUGACAGAGACGCAUGUCAAAGAAUACUGCCGUAGCAAGCUGGCCAAGUACAAGGCAUUGACGGGAGGUGUCAAGUUUGUCGAAUCAAUUCCCAAAAAUGCAAGCGGCAAAAUUCUAAAGCGAAUUCUGCGAGAAGAGAGCAUCAAUGAAGCUAAAGGGGUAUCGGCGAAGCUGUAG